GACGGGGUUUGUCCAAUCCGAUGAAUCUCGUCCUUCUCUAUGGAAAACAGCCAAGUGGUUUAAGCCAACUGUCUUGGAUUAGCGUUUCGCUGAGUGGCUGUCGUCGUUUAAUGUGAGGUCGUAAUACAAAAAGGUGAGCAGCAGUCAUGACAACUCUGGAUGACAAGGUUCUUGGAGAGAAGCUGCAGUACUACUAUAGCAGCAGUGAGGAUGAAGGCAGUGACAAUGAGGAUGAAGAUGGAGAAUCCAAAAGCAUUCGCAAUCCUGAUGUCUUGGAGCCUGAGAUAGACUAUAGCCCGGAUGGAAGUGCUGUCAACACAGGACCAAAGGGUGUGAUCAACGACUGGAGGAAGUACAAGCAGCUGGAGGUGGAGCAGAGGCAGGAGCAAAAGAAAGAGAUGGAAAGGUUGAUCAAGAAGCUGUCCAUGACCUGCCGCUCGGACCUGGACUUGCAGAAGGAUAAGGAGAAACAGAAAGACAUACAGGAUAAGAUAAAAGGCAAAAUGACGUUACAGGAAUACAGCAUGCUCCAGGAGGAGGAGGAUGAUGAGGAUUUCCUCCAGCACUACCGCAUGCAGCGCAUUGAAGAGAUGCGGCGCCAGCUGUGCCGUGGCAAGCGGUUUGAGCAGGUCUAUGAGCUGAACAGUGGAGAGGAGUUCCUUGAGGCCCUGGAUAAGGAGGACAAAAGCACUGUGGUCAUGAUCCACAUCUAUGAGCCCGAUGUCCCAGGUUGUGAGGCCAUGAGUGGCAGCCUUCUGUGUCUAGCCCAGGAAUACCCACUGGUCAAAUUUUGCAGCGUACGUAGCUCCGCAAUAAGCACCAGCGCAUUGUUCAGAGGUAGCGCUCUGCCAGCCCUACUGGUUUAUAAAGGUGGGGACCUGAUUGGUAAUUUUGUGCGGGUCACAGACCAGCUAGGGGAAGACUUCUUUGCUGUUGAUCUGGAGGCCCUGCUGCAAGAGUAUGGCCUUCUGCCAGAUAAACCUGUCCUCAUCCCAAAGACAAUUUGCAAUGGAGCAAUCAUACAGCACACUCACAGUGAUGAGGACUCUGAUCUCGAUAUAGACUAGUCACUAUAUGCAGUCCACAUCACAUGCCCAGGGAGCACAGGCACAUAUACAUAGUUUGCAUGGACUGGAUAUGUUUAUAUGUUUAUAGACCUACCCUUUAUAUGUUUUAAGACCUACCUAGUGAUGACUGAGCCUAUUUUGAAGCAUGUAAGCUUUUACUUUCACAGCAUCAUACCACCAGCUAUGAAACGGACCAAGAGGCAAAUGCACAGCAAGGAUAAGAUGUCGAAACCCAGAGAGCGUUCAUCAUGACACUUCAUUCCAUAGUAAACAUGAGUUAUAUUUAAUAUUAGUAAUACUGAGGACCUACUGUCAUGCACAGGUUAUGCAGGUGUUAUGUCGUUUGAGUGUUUUUAUUUGAGCUACAAUCGAGUGUAACUAUUUAUUUUGAAGUUGUAGUAGAACAGUUUUUUUUUCAUUGUGUUUUAUGCAUACUCAGUAAUCCAGGUAAGAAAAUGACAGGAAGUUGAAUCAUUUCAUUUGGACACAACAUUUAUUGAGAGGGGAACGUUUCAUCACUCAUCUAAGUGGCCUCCUCAGGCUUUUUGAAUAAAAUCCUGGACUCCUGCCAUCCCACAAUGCCACUUGUCAUUUACCAGGAAGUAACAUGGUGAAGUUGAUUAGUAUUGUAAAGGAAGUGGGGGAAGAUGGAGGCUAUUGGGACAUCUAACAUGCUACUCCAUACAACAAUAGACAUCUGCCGCUGAUUCAAUGGCCCAGUCAUAACUGUGACUGAUCCUAAGCCCACAAUACACAGCACAGUUUGGUUUUCUGUUCAAUAUACACAACUGUUUGUCUUUUUAUGAAAGUUUUUUUUUUGUUAAAUCUUAAUCAAAAGAUAAACCUUAUCGCAGAUGAUAGUAGAAAACAGUACACAAGUUUACCAUCAAGGCAAUUUGCAUCUGAAACCGGUCGCUGUUUUCGGUCGUUAUCCCGUUGUAUAGGGGUAUUGUGUAGUGUGUUGUAUAGGGGUGGGGAUACCUGCAGUCAGUUGAGACUGAAGAGGUCACGUAGAUGAGUAAUGACAUGUUUCUCUCAAUACACGUGUGCAGAUGAACUGAUUCAACUUUCUGCGAUUCUCUUGGAUUAUUGAGCAUGCAUAAAGACGGUACACAAGUUGUACAGUACACAAGUCUGCAGUCCUGACAACCAGGUGAUGUAAGUUACAGCCUUAUAGGGCACCCUGUAUAAGGUUAUGGCAUUAUAAACACCCUUUUGGCUUAA